CCCUUAACCUAGAGAAUCAGGCAAAGAAACAAGAGCGCAGGUCCCUUGGAGCCAGAGACUGGCGAAGGUCAGACUGUGUGUGUGUAGGAAUUUCCCCUCGAUCCCUUACUCUCAGAGUCGCCACUUUGUCGCCGGUCCCUAGACGUGGGCAGGUCUUCCCGGAACUUUUGACUGCGUUUGUUUUCUCUCGGAGUGACUCAGAGGUUCCCGGCGCCCAGCAGGAGACACUCAGCCACUGCUCCUCUGUCCCUUCACCGAAAGCCGGCCUUGGAACCCUGUGUGUCACCAUGGUGUCCCCUCCCUGCGGCCUGCUGACCCGCCAAAAGGAGCCAGUGCCGCUGAAGAGCAUUGCGGUGACCCUGUCCAUUCGUGACUUUGUGGCUGGUGUGUCUGCUACCUUGAACUAUGAGAACGAGCGGACAGUUCCGUUGGAGGCCUUCUUUGUUUUCCCCAUGGACGAAGACUCAGCCGUCCACAGCUUCGAGGCCGUGGUGGAUGGCAAGAAAAUCGUGGCAGAGUUGCAGGAGAAGUCGGAGGCCCGCACCAAUUAUGAGAACGCCAUCAGCCAGGGCCAGCAAGCCUUCUUGCUGGAGGAGGACGAUCAGGCUGGCGACAUCUUCUCUUGUAACGUGGGGAACCUGCCCCCCGGGUCGAAGGCGGCUCUCACCCUGAAGUACGUGCAGGAGCUGCCUCUGGAGGCAGAUGGGGCCCUGCGCUACGUGCUCCCCGCUAUCCUGAACCCUCGGUACCAACUCCUCCGAGGCACUGAGGGCGGUAGCCUUCAAGUGAACACUGCUGUCGUCCCUGCGAAGGACGUGCCCUACACACUCAGCCUGGCUGCCACCAUCAGCUCACAGCAUGGCAUCAAGAGCGUCCAAUGCAAUUGCCCCGCGAAUCCCAUCGAGUACCUGGAAGACAAGACGUCUGCUCAGAUCUCCUUGGCUGACGGACACAAAUUCGAUCGAGAUGUGGAGCUCCUGGUUUAUUACAGUGAGGUGCAUACCCCCAGCGUAGCUGUGGAGAUGGGGGCGCCCGCCACAAAGUCCGAUUCUUUGAUGGGAGAUCCAUCCGCGAUGGUGAGCUUCUACCCAAAUAUCCCAGAGGCUCAGUCACCGACUGCAUGUGGAGAAUUUGUCUUCCUCAUGGACCGCUCGGGAAGUAUGCACUGUCCCAUGAAUAAUCAGGAUCCAUCUCAGCUGCGCAUAGGGGCGGCCAAGGAAACACUGAUUUGGCUGCUGAAGAGUUUGCCUUUAGGCUGUUAUUUCAACAUCUAUGGAUUUGGAUCUACCUUUGAGGCCUUCUUUCCGGAGAGCGUGAAGUACACUCAGGAUACCAUGGAGGAGGCGCUGAAGAGAGUUAAGAGUAUGGACGCUGACCUCGGGGGCACAGAAAUCUUGGCACCACUCAAGGCCAUUUACAGUAGAGCUUCCAUCCCAGGCCACCCUCUCCAGCUUUUUGUCUUCACAGAUGGAGAAGUGAGCGACACCUUCAGUGUCAUUAAAGAAGUGAAAAGCAACGGGCAGAGGCACAGGUGUUUCUCCUUUGGCAUUGGCGAAGGAGCCUCCACCAGCCUCAUAAAAGGCAUUGCCCGGGCAUCGGGGGGCGCGGCAGAAUUUAUCACAGGCAACGAGAGGAUGCAGUCGAAGGCUCUCCGGGCCCUGAAGCGCUCUCUGCAGCCUGUGGUAGAGGAUGUCUCUCUGAGCUGGGAUUUGCCUGCCGGGCUGUCUGCUAAAAUGCUUUCCCCAGAACCCACUGUCAUCUUCCGGGGUCAGAGGUUAAUCGUCUACGCCCAGCUGACUGGGACGAUGCCGCCAGCAGAGGCAACAGGGAAAGUUUGCCUCAAGUACACCCUCCAGGGCACGCCUUUUGAGAAUCCAGUGGCGUUUUCUCUACAGCCCAAGUCGGAUGCCAACCUCACCAUUCACCGCCUUGCUGCCAAGUCCUUCAUCCAGACCAAGGACAUGGGCUUCCAGGAGACUCCAGCAAAUGAUAAAAAAGACAUCUUGAAGAUAAGCCUGGAGUGUGGCGUCAUCAGCUCCCACACGGCUUUCAUUGCCAUCAACAAGGAUCUCAACAAGCCGGUUCAGGGACCCCUGGCUCGCAGUGAUGUUCCAAGUCCAAUGCUGUUUGCUCAGUCUAGGAUGUUUGGUGCUCCUAUCAUGCUGUGUAGUGCAUCUGCUCCGAUGCCUGGUAAUUCUGCUCCGAGGUUUGGUGCUUGUGUUUCGAUGCCACGGAAAAGGUGUAAAGGUGGAGGACCCAAACUACCCAGACUCCGAGGUGGUGGAACUAGAUCAAUGGAAUUCCAGGCUCUCUCGGCUGAUGCUUACGACGACGUGUCAGUGGGAUUUUCUUCCACCGACAUGGCCGACUUGGAAACUAACCAUUCAGAUGAUCCUCUUGUACAGCUGAUUUCCCUCCAAAAGGCAGAUGGUUCCUGGGAUCUGAAUGAAGGUCUGGCCGUGGUCCUUGGUAUGAGCUUGGGAGAUAUACAGGCUGCACUCCCUGUCAAGAGCGUGGAUUCCUCAGGCUGGGCCACGGUCCUGGCGGUGGUCUGGCUGCAUGACAAGCAUAAGGACAUGAAAUGCGAGUGGGAACUCCUGGAAAGGAAAGCUGUGGCCUGGAUUCACAGCCAUGCAGGCUCCGCCACGGAUGGGCUGGUGAAAGCGGCCGUGGGCUUUCUGAAGUCCUCGGUGGAUCCUGCCGUCUUCGCCCCCUGAGGAUCCCGACCAGAAACACACGUGCCUCCUUCCUGCUUCUGUCCCCUCCUGUCCCCUCCGUCUUCCGGAUCGCGAUCUUGUCUUGUAUACCUCUCCUGUCGGGGUUUCCUGUAAUAAAAGUCAACAAUGCCCGCCCCACCUUCCCACCAUGUUCCAGGUUCCCUCUGGAUAUGACGUGCUUUCACUGGCAUGUGCCCUCAGCCAGGCAUCCUGGGCCCAGACCUGCUCUCUUUCUGGAAGGAGUUCAGAGGCAGGCAGGUCCCUCCCGGGCUUUUCAGAGAGACAACAUGAGAAACAAGUGGCGUGGGCUCUAGGCUAAAGGUUGCUGCGUUGGUGUUAGGGAAUGGCUGGUUUGGAGAGUUCCCUGCACUAUGUUUUGUCUAUGCACGAUGGCUUUUAGGGACUUAGGAUGACAAGACUGGUGAGCGAUCCAGUUUUCUAUUCUUAGGUAGCAUAAAGAGGUGGAGGGGCGGUUGACAGCCAACAUUGGGAUCCAUAUAACCGCCACAUGACCUUCAAGGGUUGGCACUGUUGGGGAACUUCUUGGUCGAUUCUGGCUGGGUCGUGUUAGCCUAUACUGCACGCCUCCCCUCUCACUGCCCAAGGGUUGAGUUGUACCAGUGGGAGACAGAUGUCUCUUCUUAAUCAGGACGCAUCUUAGUAAGAGGGCAAUCAUGGGAUCCUUCGUCCUGGCCUGAACCCAUGAGGCCUAGGAAUCGGGCUCUGAUCUAGUAUACUUUCAUCAAAAGCAGGUCUAAAGGCAGCUUUGCCUGAGACCCGAAACCUGGACCGCUCACCCCAAGAGGAAGAAGGGGGCUCCCCAGGAUCAUGUCUGACCUUUCAGUCCCAAACACUAUCCUAGUGGAAGGGACCCUAUUGGAUGUGUUGUUCCCUAACAUACUGCUGUAUCAAUAUUAAAAUGACACCUUGUUGUAUCUGA